AGAACUCCUACGAAGACAUUAACAGAGAAAUGGGAGUACUAUGCAGUUUAAAAUCGAAAUCUGAACGGGCUUUGCGAUUGACAUCGUUGAUGAACGAUCAUUGGUUUCUUGAAGACUUAAUUGAACAUAUAUCCAGCACUUUCGGACCCGAAUUAUUAUUUAUCAUGAUGGACAUUUACAUACAUUUAUUGUUAUGUCUGUAUAUAUUUAUAUGGGAAAAUAUUGUUCGUAAAAUAAAUGUGAACAAUUUCAUGUAUGCCAAUAUAUGCAUACACAUAUGCAUUGUGGCGGCAAAUUUGAUUUAUUUGUGUUACAGAUGCAAUGCUACUGUCAAAGAGAGUCGAAGGAUAAUGUUUGAAAUGCACCAUUUAAGAGAUGUAUUGUACGACGAUCCCAUUUGUCAAGCUAUUCUAAAAGUUUUCACACUACGAGUCAAUAGCCGGGAAGUACAUAUUACAGUAUUGAAGUUAUUCAAUAUAAACCUACCUUUACUUUGUGGUUCGGCAGGCCUUAUGUUCACGUACUUUUUAGUGCUUGUUCAAUUCCAAAUAGAUGGUUACAAACACGCAUCAAAAGAAUUGAAUAUAAGUAAAAUAGUUAAAUGUGAAAAAUGGCCUUGUCUUAGCAAAGAUUAACAAUUUUUUCGGAGAUUGUUUUACUGAGAUUUCUUAAGACAGUUAAUAUAUAGUAAUAUAUUGUUAGUUUU